GCACAUAUUCAUGUGAUGCGACCCUUUGUAACUAUGUGCGUGGGAGGUCACCCAAACCUAGCAUGUCGUGGCGGAUAUGUGAUUAUGUGUACAUCCCUGUCAACAAUGGAGGCGCGCAUUGGUUGGCAGCAUGUGUGGACUUGAAGGCCCGGCAUAUUGAUUUAUACGAUCCAAAUAUGGGAAAUAAAUAUGUCCAGAAUAGAGAGUUGAAGAAUGCGGAAUGCCUUACGUAUAUGCUGCCUUACCUAUUGAGGGAUGGGGGAUAUUACCGGAAGAAUCCAGAUGUGUCUCCCACUUUAGAUCCAUUCACGAUGACCAUGAUCAAAGAUGCACCCCGCCAAGAUAAUGGGUAUGAAUGUGUUGUCAUUUCAAACAACUUGUAUUGCUGCUGUUUUUUAUUGUGGUUACGUGUGAAAAUACACGUAGUUGGUUUUCAUUAAUGCUAUUCUGCAGGGGUGAUUGUGGCGUCUACGCUCUGAAAUUUAUUGAAUACAUGAGUAGUGAGGAGAACCCUUCAUUUGGUCCGCAAGACAUUAUGUUUUUUAGAAAAAAAAUAUGCUGUUGAUUUGUGCUUUAAUAAACUUUCAAUGUAG